AUGUUGGUUCUAAAAGAAGGAAAUACAAGAGACCUUGAAGCUGCGGCAGAACGACGCGUCCGGGUGAGGCGUCCCCGCCGUGGACUCGGUGUACCCCGCACGCGGUCCGUCGAGCCUGUGCCCAGGGCAGCGCCGGCUCGCGGGAGGGAAGCUUUGAAGGUGGUUUUUCGAAAUCACCCCGCGCAUCACUCUGUCCUUAGAGCCUUGGGGCCGAGAGGCUGCGGCGUCAUCUUCCUCCCACCAGCCCAGACCAGGACCCCCGGGGAAAGCCGCGCCGGGACCAUGUCGGCGGAGACCGCGAGCGGCCCCACUGAGGAUCAGGUGGAGAUCCUGGAGUACAAUUUCAACAAGGUCAACAAGCACCCGGACCCCACCACGCUGUGCCUCAUCGCGGCCGAGGCGGGCCUUUCCGAGGAGGAGACCCAGGUGAGCCCCGUGAUCCCUAGGAGUGAAAUGUGGCACCUGGAGAGCAACCCCCAAAGAGAAGACUUCGCUAAGGGUAGCCUGCUGCCUCUGGCUUUAGAUGACUUUUCCCUGCUGCCGCCCCAUAUUACAAAGGUGUACAAGACAGCUGAUCUUGCCAGCUGUGUAAGGCAUUUCAGUGUGUGAGCUCUCUUGUACAGUUAGCAUGAGUUGUUGGUGUGGUCGUAUGCUGUGCAGCCAGCUUAGCCCUAAAUGGUCGUGUGGCCUCCCUCCUUUCAAGCUCUUGAUCCUUGAUCCUUUGAAGCACUCCUUCCCUGUGGUUCUCACUUUCUUCUGGUGUUGGGCUUAUGCCGAACUACCCUUCAGCUCCCCAGAUCUCUGCAGAGAUGAGAUCAUCCCAAGGAUGGCCCUAGAGCCCACCUGUUUGUUCUGAGGUUAAAUCUGCAUCUCUGGGCAGGUGUCGACCGACUCAUGCCAAGUCAGGAGUCCUCUAGGUGUUUCUCACCACACCUUCUCCAUCAGCACAUCCCAGGUCUGGCAUCCCACAGCUGUGCUCUUUCUGCUUCGUUUCUAUCCUCUCAUCUUCCUACCAGUAGAACAGGUGAAUUUUAGAAACCCCAGGAGGGACAAAAGAGAGCCCCUAAGCUCACCUCUUCAUUUCCAGGUGAGCUGACUGGCUCUAUUUUUAGGGACUCCUUCAAGGUCUCAUAGCCAAUUGGUUACAGAGGACCUUCCUAUUGGCAGGCCCAGGACUGCAGAGCCCCCUGUGGUCAGCUACCCAAGCAGCUUGCCUGUUUACAUCAGCAUGACAUGAACAUCUCCUCAUUCUCAGUGUUUGCCAUGGUGCGUGAAAGGUGGGGAAGCACAGGAGAAUAGAGUGUGGGGCUCCCAGCUUCCCAUAGAGCUCUCUGGCUCGCAUUCUCCCAUGUGGGUCAAUGCUUGCUGCUUCUCUUUCCUCAAUAGAUCCUCUUCAAAGUUUUUUGGGUUUUUGUUUUGUUUUGUUUUGUUUUGGUGAGGAAGAUUGACCCUGAGCUAA